UUUUCUUUUCUUUUUUUUUUUUACACAUCCUUUCUUUUUUAUAUAUAUAUAUAUAACACUAUGAGUAACCUUGGCGCUCUUGAUAUGGCUCUUGACGAUGUCAUUUCUCAAAACCGUAGCAGUAGACGUAGCAAUAACACCAAUAACAACAAUAACAGUAAAUCAAACACCCGUCGUUCUGGUAGUGGUGGUGGUAUCAACAAACCUCGUUCAUCUGGUGGUCGCUCGCCUUAUGGAUCCAGACCUUCUCGCAACAACAACAACAACAACACACGCAGCAACAACACUAAGCCUGUUGCAAACCGUGCCAACAACAGCCUUGUCGUUGCUAAUUUGCAUUUCAAUGUGACUGAAAAGGAUCUCUAUGAUCUUUUUGGUCAAAUUGGUCCAUUGAAAAGAGCUUUUCUUCAUAUUGGUCCUAAUGGUAAAUCAGCUGGUAUUGCUGAUGUUGUCUUUCAAUCCAGCCAUGAUGCUGAAAGAGCACGCAACACAUACAACAAUGUUGAAUUAGAUGGUCGCCCUAUGCGAAUCACGGUUGCCUCUAUUGUCUCUGCUGUGGCUCCUGCUCCUUCACCUCGUCGUGUUGGUAAUGUUCGUGGUGCCAAUAACCGUGGUGGACCUCGUCGUAAUACAAACAGAACCCAUCGUCCUAAACCUACUGAAGAUCAAUUGGAUGCUGACAUGGACAGUUAUAUGGGUGGAUCUGAAGAUGUUCAAAUGAAUUAAGCAUGAAUAAAAUAUAUACAGUUGUCAAAAGAUUACAUCAUCUAUAGUUCAGGUACCUCGGGUUGCCUCGAUAUAAAAAUUUUAUUUUUUAUUUUUAGUUUUUUUAUUUUCUUUUUUCUUUA